AUGACAACUUAUUUUGAAUAUGGUGUAACCCUUACAGAUGGGCAAAAGUCAAAAUUGGCUUCUGCAAUAUUAAAUAAAUCACCACUAACUCUUCGGUUAAAACACUCUCAUCUUCGAGGUUCUGAUGAGUUAAUGUUAACAAAAAGACAAAUUUCUAAAAUAAAAAAAUCUAUUGCAAAUGGCACUGGAUCAGAUAUAAAAAUAAGUAAAACACAGAUUAGAAAUUCUGUAAAACAUGGUGGAAACUUAUUUUCAUCACUCGCAUCUCUUGGUGCGCGAGUACUACCUUACGCAAUAAAAGGAAUUUCAAAAGCUGUUCCUGCAUUAGCAACUGGUGCUGCUACUGCACUUGGAGAAAUUGGAUUAAAUAAAAUAUCUGGAAAAGGAAUCCCAAUUCCACAAAAGUUCUUACCAAUGUUACCAACAAUAAGAGGAGAAUUAACAAAAUCACAAAUAGAUCUAAUAAACAAAAUGUAUCAAUCAGGUGGGCGAUUAGUUAUCAAACCAACUCGUAAACAGAUAGAAGGAGGAUUUCUUGGAACUCUUGCUUCUAUUGGAAUUCCAAUGGCAAUUAGCCUGGUAUCUAAGAUGUUUGGAUCUGGACUGCAGGUUGAUAGACGUGGAUCAUCUAAUACAUCAAAUGUUUACGUUCCACCUCCUCCUCCCCCACCAACACAUGGUGAAGGUUAUCCUUAU